AUCGUCCCAAGAUCUGUCAGUCUUGCGUUUCUCGUUUCCAGAUGAAGUUUCUUCCACGCGGUUCUGGCACUUUCUUCAUGGGGAUUUAAAGGUCCGAUUGAGGAAAGCUGACCACAAGUUAGAACAACUUCCUACCCAGUAAAAAUAGAAAUGGUGUUGGUUUGGUCGGGUUGAAUACUUGUGUAGUAGCAGCCUGGUCCUCAGAGUUUCGUGCAUACAGCUGUCCUGUAAUUUCACUGUCAGUGCGCUACAAACAACACGCGUUUAAACUGGUGUUCAAAUCUUCCUUUGACUUCUUAAGUUAAACCAUUUGUAAUGGCAAAGUGGGGAGAGGGAGACCCGCGAUGGAUUGUGGAAGAAAGGGCAGAUGCAGUAAAUGUCAAUAACUGGCACUGGACAGAGAGGGAUGUGACAAGCUGGUCUCAAGAUGUGAUCAAUAACCUCCUCCUUGGAAUUCGCACAGAAGGUGAAGAAGGCUUGUGCGAAAUCACAGAUGUCAGCAAUAUAGACGGCGAGGCCUCUAUCAAUAACCGCAAGGGAAAACUCAUCUUCUUCUAUGAGUGGAAUGUAAAAGCCACGUGGACCGGAACAAAUAAAAAGGGAAUAAAAUAUAAAGGGACUGUGGAAAUACCAAACCUCUCUGAUGAAAAUGACAUGGAGGACUUAGAUAUCUGUGUUACGGCUUGUAAAGACCAACCAAACACGCCUUUGACUGAUCUCAUGAGAAAGGAGGGUGCCAAGAAAAUCAGAGUGGCACUGGGUGACUACGUGAAACAUCUCAAAACAGAAUUCUCUCAGGGUAUGAUUUUACCAACAGCAAAUGGACUUAGUAAACAGAAUCAGGAGGCACAACCCAAGGUGAAGCUGGACAAAACCCAGACUGGAGCAUCCACCACAGCUAACACUACUAACAGUGGAGUCAAAAUUCAAACAGUGAUGUUCAGUAUUAAAGAGACUUUUCUUACCUCACCUGAAGAGUUGUACAGGGUUUUUUUAAGCCAAGAGAUGGUACAGGCAUUUACACACCUUGCUGCUAUUGUGGACGGGUGUCCGGGUGGCAAGUUUCGGCUGCUGGAGGGAAACGUGCAUGGACAAUUUGCUGAACUGGUUCCUGGUCAGAAGAUUGUCAUGAGAUGGAGAUUUUCAUCCUGGCCAGCAGGACAUGCAUCAACAGUCACUUUAAACUUUGUGGAUCGAGGCAAUGAGACAGAGCUGACUAUGGAGGCCAGAGGAGUUCCAAGCAAUGAAGAGGAAAGAAUGAAGGAGGGCUGGCAAAGAUAUUAUUUUGAGGCCAUUAAACAGACAUUUGGUUUUGGAGCACGACUCUAAAUCAAAGCCAAAGCGUGUUCAUGUUGUGCCAAAAACUACAGAAAUACAAAACAAUACAAAAUCACAUCACAAUUAUGUAUUGUAAACAACACUUUAGUAUGCCCUGCACCUUAUAGUUAUUUGUUGGAUUUCUGCAAAUACUUGUGCCUUGUUACAGACAACAAAAGAAAAAUCGGUGCUUGGAUUCUUUUUGUAUUUGUUCCUGCAUAAGCUUUUGUUGUUUUUGAAUGUAAGAUGUAUGUUUGAAUGUUGUGCCUGGGAAAGCCAGACAUGAAUAAUUAACUUUCUUUAAAACACAGUGUUUUUUAAGUAAUAUAUUGAUAUACAGUGUUAUGCAAGAAUGAAAAAGUUGUAUCUAAUAAAUUUUAUAUAAGUUUA